UCAGAAGAUCGGUAAUCGGUACCAAGAAUGAGCUCAGCAACCUCGAAUCCUGGCGAUCAACUAGACGGCGAAGGAUUCGCCGAUCCUCUCAUUCCGGCGACAUUGAAGUUUGUCGUCACAAAUCUGCGCACGCUUGUGCAUCUCCAACUUCAAGCCGGCAACUACCCACUAUUGAGAGCUCAAAUCGCAAAAAUCUUUAGGGCAAACCGGUUUGAAAAAUUUCUUGAACCCUCCUCUUCUUCUUUGGUUCUGUCUCCUACCCCCACCGCCUCUAUACCGAAUCCUCAAUCAUCUCAAUGGAUUCUCAUGGACCAAAACUUGGCCGUUGCCCUAUGUUCAACUAUUUCCACAUCAAUUCUUCAAUACGUGGUUCAUCUUGACUCAACAGCUAAAAUUUGGUCUACACUUGAAACACAUUUUCAAUCCUCCAACAGAUCAAAAGUGAUUCAACUGAAAAAAUCUCUUCACAAUAUUGCUCUCAAGAAUCAAUCAAUUACCCAGUAUUUGACCGACAUUAAAGUUCUUAUAGACCAAAUUACUGCAUCUGGUUCUUCGGUUGACAAUGAGGAUGUGAUUCUUUACAUCCUCAAUGGCCUUCCACCAUCUUAUCAGUCUUUCAAGACUGCCAUACGUACUAUGCUAACCCCCAUCUCUCUUGACCAACUAUACCCCCUUCUCCUCAGUGAAGAAAUUAAUCUAGCUGCUGAUACGGCUCGCUCAACUCCUAUGAACGAUUCGCAAACCGCUCUGUUCGUGCCAAGAGGUCGCAGUCGUAGAUCCCGCAGUCGCAACUACAACAACGUACACAAUUCUACUCGCUCUCAGGCUAAUCCGAAUGCCAAUGUUAUCUGUCAAAGUUGCUCUAAGAGAGGACACGCUGCAACAACAUGCUGGCACAGACUAGAUCAAAACUAUGGACAAUCAUCCGCCUCGGAUACUCACUGAGCCUUAGCCACACAUACAGAGACCCCUCCGUCCAACUGGUAUUUGGACUCAGGAUCGACAUCCCAUCUCACCAACUCGCUCGACAACAUGUCCAACAUCACUUUUCUUAUCAAGGCUCCGACAUGAUCACGGUCGGUGAUGGGAGAUCGGUUAACAUCGCCAACUUCGGCAACGGCUUGUUACCGACUCCCUCUCCAUGAUUUUGUUACAUGAAGUAUUACUUUGAGAUCUCUUGCUGUGAACAAAAUGGAAAAGAAGCAAAAGAUUUUGGAAUCUCGAAAGAGAUUAGACAAUGCACUAUCGUUGCCGGAUCUUGUAAAUGAAGAUUCUAUUGCGUCCCUGGUCAAAGAACAACUUAUUCAGUCUUCUUUAAGGAGCAACGGAGAAGAUGUGGGGAAGAUUUUGGAAAACCGCACAACAGAGGUUGCCAAUUUUCUUGAGAUGUUGAGGAGUGCUUCAGGGACCAGUAACUCUCAUUUAAAUUUUCAGAAGGAUUGGAAGGUAAAACAAGACACCGACCAACUUCGUGUUAUGUACUGUGAAGGACUCCAUGGCUCUCCAUUUCAUACUCUACUUGCAGAAGGUUUCGCUGAUGGACCCAUGGAUGUUUGUUUGUGUGUCUCAUGGGAAUCAACUUUGUACAAGAAAUGGUGGCCACAAUACAAUGUUCCAACAUUCAAAAUUAUUGCAUCCUUAUGCUUGCAGAAAGUUCGAAUUGGUGAAGAAAUUUCAUUAAUAAGGGUGAAGGUUCCUUGGCCAGUCUCAGACAGAGAGGCUAUUGUGCACUACUUUGAAAUUGAGUACUUCAAAGAAGAUCUCAUCCUUGUACUCAUAAAGACGCUUUCAGACACGGAGCAUAUAGAUGCAGAUAGUCAUGGUUUCAAUGGAGACGGAAUCCCUCAAGCUAAAGAUACAAUACGGAUAGAUUUAGUGGGCGGCUUUGUUUUGCAAAAGGUUGAAAGUAAUAGAUGCUACUUUCGGGCAAUAUUCAAUUUCGAUAUCAAGUUGGAGUUGAUACCCCCAUCACUUAUAAACUUCAUAUCAAGGCAGCUUUUAGGCAACGGACACAAGCUUUAUCAGAAGGCGGUUGGAUCUGUGGCAACCAUCGAUGAGGACUAUCGGCUGGCAUUGCAAGGACCAUUAUAUGCUCGGAUUCGUCAACAGUUGCACUCGGACAUCAGACCUGCAACAUCUUCAGAAGAUUUGGAGAAAGAAAAACUCGCACUCCUCGAUGAACACAAAGCUGACGCACCUGGGAAGGAUAAUCUCAUAAAAGCAGGAACUUUGGUUCCUGAGAUCACUGAAGAAGAUACUGAGCCAAAGGAAGAUACUGAAGCGAAGAACCAUAUUGCAAAUGGCUCAUCAGAAAAUAUGAUUGCUAACAAACAGGGGAUCUCAACCCAAGAAAAAGCUUCCAUCAGCCCAGAAGUUGAACAUGCUCUUGACAUACUAGACCAAGUUAUUUCUAUGGUAAGAGGCCAAUCAAUUGGCCUUCAAAAUUUCCAUAAGCCCUCUUUGGUUGGAGAGGACUUCCCUGUUUCAGAACUAGGUGCUAAGGCUGGCCUUCUCAAUAAUGAAGAUUUGGCAGAAAGUAGUAACAGCAAGCUUAAGUUAAACAUUGAAGGCAGUCCACACACAGAUGAUCACAGACAAGACAAUAAGAAUUCUUCGAUUAUAGAAGCUGAUCAUCAUCACAUCGUGCUUUCGUCAGGGAAAGAGAGAUUUUCAGAUUCGGUGAACUCAAAAACGAUGGAAUCAAGAAUCAAUUUCCAUGAGAACUUAACCUCAAAAGCUUCAGUUAGAAUGACGCAACUAUCAACGCUGGAUAGUACCGGCAAAGUGUGUGAUGAAGAGAGUAUAAAGGCUAAUGGAUUUUACAGCAGCAAUGGUCCCCUUAAUGGCAAGACCAAGACCAUGACCAAGACCAAGAAGAAGAGGAAGAAGCUAACUCUCUGUUGCUUGAGCCCAAGCUUCAUCUCAGAUUGAGAAGACUGGAGAAUAACUGGAAUAUUAGUUGUUAAAUAGCUUGAAAAAUAUUAAUUAAAGUUCUUAUUAGCCUUUUAAAAAAAAGGAUCUCAGUGAAUGAUCCUUCUGGAUUUAGAUAUACAGGUUUGCUAUGCAAAAUUUAAGACUUCCAUGAUCCUAAAGAUUGAAGGAAAAGUAGAAGAGAAUUAUGAAAUUCUGUAGUAUCCGAAAGUAACAAGUAGAAAUGAAAGGAGAGCAGACCGCUUGUUGCGAAUAUACAGACAUUUUUUUAUAGGAUUUUAUUCAGCUUGUAAUUUGAUCAAAUUAUUCUCAACUUUUGUACUCUUACCACUUCAUAUUUUACAGUGGAUCUUCAAAGCAACUAAUAUUACCAUUGCUAUUUCAAGCUUC